AUGGAACCUAAGCAUAGUCCUCCAAGCUCCUCUCUCCCUGAUGACCCUCCGCCGCCAUAUUCAAGUAUCUCGCAAUCUGCAACUUCAGCACCUGGUACAGGUGCAACCACAUCUUCUUCAGCGCCAAAGCCAUUCGUUCAAGAAUGUGCAGACUCAUCAUACGUUCCUUUGCCAAAGACUUUGAUCGCACACUAUCAGCUCUCGUAUCGGAAUUUUUAUCUCGGUGAUGAAUCUAACAAGAAAAUAUUCGCUGCCUCUUUCUAUGCGGGUGUUACCGGUGUUGGUAUCAAUCGCUUCUGCAUCUUGAUUCAUAAUGGACCGUCUGCCAAAGAUAAGGUGCUGGCAGCGGCUGGAGAACCGUACAAGUCCAACAGUACGGCCCUUCAAUUCAAGAGCCUCAUCAAUCUCUCUCCCGUAUUGAUUCAGGAGAAUAUUGUCAAGACUGGAGACUCUACGGUUGCUAUGGAAGACAUGUCAGCUCUGCUGUUGGAAAAUGGCCGUACUGUCACCUUUCCCUUCUCAAUCUUCACAGAGCGCAUCUCCACAGCCGACACCAAGGGCAAACAGGAGGACACCAACGGCGAUUUUCACCAGGAGCACUUUGAGUGGCGCAUGACAGCUAAAGACGAGAUACUCGAUAAGAAUUAUGCUCAUGAGUACAAACUCUUUCGACUUCAGCCUCCAGCCGCAAUCUGCAGUAGCGUAGCUUCAGACAAAGCUGUUGCUAUCACAUCGUUCAAGCGGUUAAUGAGCCUUACCAAACCUUUCAGGAUGAUGUUCCGAUGGCGGCUCAUGGCAUUAAUCACGGCGCUGAGAAUCUGGCAACACGAGCAAACAAGCUUUUACUCCUCGAAUGCCAUGGUCGAAACGGCUAGCAAGUGUGUUUAGACACAGCCAGUAUGAGCACCAUGACUCACGAUGUUCAUUGGAUAUGGCUUUUCUUUUUGUGCGAACUUCCCUCGGGAUGACAGAUAACGAUCCUCGAAUUCAUUCAUGGCACCGCAAC